AUGUCGAUUUUGUUCACCUUCGGCAUGUCCGUCGUGCCGCUGGCCUUUGUCGGGCACAACCUCGGCGAGCGAGACCUCGCCGGGGCCUCCGUGGGGUACUUUAUCAUGUGCAUUCUCGUCAUGUACCCCAUUAUCGGGCUCACCUUUGCGAUGGAUACCCUGUGCUCACACGAGUACGGGCGAAACACCCUGAGUACGGAGUUGGGCCUGAUCCUUCAGCGAGGCGUGUUGCUUAAUAUUUUUAUGCUUAUUCCGCUAUGCUGGAUCUUGUUCGACCUUAAACAUGUUUUGCACUACUUCUACACCCCGAGUCUGACUCAGGUCGCAGAGGACUUCCUGACUUUCUCGCCGCUGUACAUUUUCCCAGAGAUGAUCCUAAUCGCGAUGACUAAAUUUUUGAAUAAUCAAAUGCAGCCACAGAUUCCUUUAAUCGCACUAACCGUAGGGUUUGUUUUGGUCCCUUUAGUCCAGUUGAAGCUCACCCCCUUGGGUGUGACCUACACGAUGAUCGGGAUGGCUAUCACGGCGUGGAUACAGCUUAUUGUGAUGUUGGCUAUCACGUUUUUUAAAGAGGACACGCGCGCAACUUUGGGAACAUGGCGCAUUCAAGAGGCCUUGGAUUGGACCGAUGUAAAGAAAUACCUUAAAUUAGCCAUCCCUAGCGCCAUUUUCGUCGCCGCGGAGGCCUCUUCCUUUGAUUUUACGGUCUUAUUAUCGGCACAGAUCGACGAGGCGGAGGGGGCGGCGUGGUCAGGGAUUAUAAACUCCUUAUUUAUUUUUGCCUCGUUUGCCGGGGGGUUGAGCACUGCAUCGUGCGCGAAUAUCGGCCGGUGCAUCGGCGCGGACGAGCCGAAAAGCGCGCAGCGAUAUGUCAUCUUGUCUGUUCUCCUCUCUUUUGCCUUUGGGGUUUUGAAUUCCGUCAUUCUCAUCUCAUUUUACGAUUUUUUGAUGUCUUUGUAUGGGAUUCAAGGACAAACUCUGGUUAUGGCGCGUCAUGUGCUUUAUAUUCUGCCCUUUUUCCUCAUUGCCGAUUCCAUCCAGUUUACCUUCCAGGGUAUUUUUAGUGGUUUAGGUAAGAACCACCUCGGCGCGGCCAUUCUGCUCAUCAGCCUCUGGUGCAUUGGCGUUCCAAUCUCAUUUAUCCUCGGCCAGCCGCUAGGCCUUAAUAUCGUUGGGGUUUGCCUGGGCAUCACCAUCGGGCUCUGCAUUGAGGCGCCGUGCAUGAUCUAUUUCGCUUCCUCGAUCGACUAUCAACUUAUCUGUGAUAAAUUUAUCGAUUACGACGACGAGGAUGACGAUGAAGAAAGCGACGAAGAGGAGGAGGAGGAGUUUGACAAGGAGUACAUUGAAGAGGUGAUGCGUCGUUCAGGUAUUUCAAUCACCAAUAAUGAUAUGAGUGAAGUUCAUGAUUAUAAGAGGCUUAAACCACCACGUCAACGCGGCCGAAGACGCAGCUACGUAGUCAUGGAUGAGUCAGAUGCGUGA